GGCACUAAACUGCAACAAGCCCAAAGACAAGUUGACGAUCUUGCUGAAGGUGUAAAUGUCAUGUCGAGCCCAGACAGGUCGAAAGCGUCGACCCCAGAAAGAAAAUACCAAGACGACGAUGACAGCCAUGCGUCUCCUUCCUUUGUGGCCGAACCUUUCGAAAGAGAAGAACGUGUGCGACAACGGGUGUUGUCGGUGACAUCGCUUGUGAAUGAAGACCUUGAACGGACAAGAAAGUUCAGCGUGCCAAACUUGUCCGAAGAUAGCUGUUUGGGCUUGGAUGAUACAGAUGAACUAUCACAAUCACACAACUUCUUCAACUUCGAUCAUGCUUCAAACCCUUGUGCGAGCAUUAACGAGAUCUUGGAAGCGAUCGGAAAAGAAAAAUCCAUUCAAAUCACAGGCAUCAAGGUCGAUGAGGAUGCUUUGGAUAAGCUGGACAGAUGUUUGGCUAAAGGAUCCAUACAAAGCAUCACAUUAGCUCGAUGCGAGCUUGACGAUCAUGUUGUCAGCAAAAUCGCAAAGAUGCUCCAAUCAGAUCAAUGGCAGUGCUUGCGCAGUCUGAGUUUGGAUGGAAACCCUUCCAUUUCAGAUGAAGGGGCCAAGAGCUUAGCGAAAGGGUUGGCGGAGAACAAGACCCUUGAAGAUCUGAGUCUGUGGGGAACUGGUAUCGGGGAUGAGGGGGCAAAAGCAAUUGCUGAGUCCCUAAAGCAAAACUGUACUCUAAGAAAUCUUUGGCUUGGAGAAUGUGAGAACAUACAAGACACAGGAGCACAGGCGCUGUUAACAUGUUUGGAAUCGAACAAAACGCUACAGCAAUUAGCGCUUGUGUGCACGGCGGUAUCAGAAGAAUUACAGAACGAAAUCGAAGAUGUUGUGCAAGCAGGGAGAACAUGA